AUGUUUACAAACAUAUUUAUAUUAAUGUUUUUUUAUCUUAUGCUUAAUCAAUUAACAUAUACAAAAAAACUUGAAGAAAUAUUUACAUGUGCAAAUGAAACAGAAUGUGAUGAAUUAACAGAAAAAGAUAUUUCACAAGAAACAUUAAGCACCACAAUUGAUAGCAUUUAUAAUACAACUAGUGUUAAUACAAGUACCACUACAAGUAGUUCUAUAUAUCCAAUACAAACUACAAAGAUUAACAUAUCAUCUAUACAAAAAUCUCACAAAAUUAAAUACAAUGAUAAAAUAAAAAAUCAUACUAUACAUAAAGUACAGUCUACUAUAUGUGAAUGUGAUUUAACAGUGUCAUCUUGCAAUAUUAAUUGCUGCUGUGAUAAAGAUUGUAACGAAUUCCAUUUAACAUCUUUUUCACAUUGUGAAAAUCAUGCAGCAGAAUUAUAUGACAAACGUUAUUGUUAUCACAGAAAUUUUAUAGAACGAAAUAACACACCAUUUAUACUUGAGAAACUGGCAAACAAUCUGUUUUGCAUUUUAUAUGACAAUCUUCCACCAACAUAUAGCAUUAAUAAUGAUUUGAAUAUAAAAACAAACAAAGAUUUAAAAGAAGCUAUAAAUCCAAAUAGACUGACAUGGAGAUGGAAAGACCAAUUAUAUGUACCUGAAUAUAAUAAUCCUAGUCUCUAUAAAGAUGAUGACAUUAUAUGGAAAAUACAGAGCAAUUAUGUUGAACCUUUGGAAAUACUGCAAUCUGGAUUUACUGAGUUAUGUUUAUUUAAGAAAACUGUAAAAUAUCUUCGUGAAUGGAAAGAACAGUGCUUGCAAACUGAAUUAAUUAAUACAAACGAAUUUCUAUUUCCUGCAGCAUUUAAUAAUUUUACUGUUAUUAUAUCUCCUCAUUUAUUAAAUGAAACUUACAUUAAGAUAUCAAAUGAGAGUUGCCCCAGAAACGUGUGCUUAUCUGUAAAUAAUUACUAUUGUAAAUAUUCUUGGAAAACAUGCAAUAAUGAUACUAUAUCAGGAUCUUGUUCUAAUGGAACAUGUUACAAUAUUGUAACAGGUGUAAAGUAUUUAAUUAUUCACAAUGGUUCCAUGGGAAUUAAUAGUUUUAAUGUAUAUUUUAAUAUAGGAAAUGUUUCUCGAAGUUUCUAUCAACAGUUCGAAGUAAGUUAUGAAUGGGCAGACGUAGAUAAAGAGAAAAUUUUCUCUCUAAGCGGUAAUCCCGGUUAUAUUUUUGGAAAACCAUUAAUUAGUGGUGUUUUAAAAAUAAAUAAGAUUAAUAACGUGGAAAGCAGGUAUAUUAAUUUUAAUAAAACUAAUGGUUUUUUUACAUUGCCCAUAGCUACAAGGCAUGGCGAAUGUAAUGAUGUCAACAGAUAUGUUCUUGCUUUUGGGGAAGAUGUUAAACUAAAAUGUUCUGCAUCUUUAGAAACUAAUAAUUUCAGUACAGCGUCUUGUAUAGAGUUACAAAAUCGUAUAAUGUUUUUCGCGUUGAAGGAUUCUUUACUUAAUGUCACUCAAAUAAAUCAAUAUAGUAUUUAUAUUUCUAAGUCAGGUAACUUUUCCAGCAAUAAUACUGCUGAUUGGGCACAAAUAUUACUUGAUAGGAUACCUCAGAAUAUUGUCACGGGACAAUUAAGUAAUGGUCGAUUAUAUUGUUCAGGAUUAAUAACAUCUACACGUUUAGAUAUUUUGUACUCUGCUUUAGCAAAACCAAAAACUCUGACCAAUUAUAAUAUAUUAGGAGUAGGUAUUACUUUUUCAGAAGAAUCUGAUGUAUUCUGGUCAAAGUGUAUGACUGAAAACUGUACAGAUAUGUUAAAAGUAGAUGUUAUUAGUUACGUUACAUUUCAUGACGUAUCGAAGCCGUCCAAAUACUAUUUUGCAGGGAGUCCUAAUUUAGAUCUUACCUUACCAUACGACUUUUUUUAUCCGUUUUUAAGUAGGUCAAAAUGUAUUAAACCUAGUAUAUUUUUAAUUAUUAUAUUACUCAUUAUAUCCUUGCACAAUUUUUUGUAUUGAUCUCAUGUAAUUGUUAUACUACCCACUAUAUCUACUUAUUAAUAUUAUUUAAUGUAAGCAAAUAGAAAGUUUGAAAAAUGCUAUUUUAUAACAUUUG